GCUGAGCAGAGAAGCGGGACAAGAAGAAGAAAGUGUUGCUGCUGGAGACACACACACACACACACACAUUUUUUGGGGCGGCGAUCAUACAAGAAGUGUAAGUGUAGAUACAGUAUGUUUGACACCUCUCACUACCCCUUCAACUGCUUCAACUAUGACGGCGAUGGAUACGCUUCUUGUAGCACAGACCAGGAGAAGAAGAUGUGCAGACCCGCUUACAGCUACAUCGCCCUGAUCGCCAUGGCGAUCCAGCAGAGUCCCGAGCAGAGGGUGACUCUGUCAGGCAUCUAUGAGUUCAUCAUGAGGAGGUUCCCUUACUACCGUUCCAACCAGAGAGCCUGGCAGAACUCCAUCAGACAUAACCUAUCACUCAACAGCUGCUUCAUUAAGGUUCCCAGAACAGAAGGGAAUGAGAAGGGGAAAGGAAACUUCUGGACUUUUGCCACCGGCUGUGAAUCCAUGCUUGACCUCUUUGAAAAUGGCAACUUCCGGCGGCGCAGGCGCAGGCGGAACAUGAAAAUCGGCCUCCGCGAAUCAGGAGAAGCUCCUACUUUCGAGCCCGCGGAGAACCCCAGCAAGCGGCACAGCACACCCGCACCCCGCCACCCUGAAGCCGACUCCGCCCUUUGCCCUUUAAACCCGCAGAGGUCACGGCCGUGCCCACCGCUCGUCCAGAACCCCGUCCGGGGGAAACCAGAGUCCGAGAUCAAGUUCAGCAUUGACUACAUCCUGUCUACCCCAGACCCGCCCAUGCUUGGGAUCAGAUCCUCCCACGUAGGCUCCAUGCACAUAGGCCCCACAGGACCACCCAUUCAUGUUGCGGAGCCACAACAUCUCAACCUGCACUUCUGGACUCUCUAAGGAGAAACAUUUUGGUGAAGCUGUCCAAAGACACUUGAAAAUGUAAGAAAAAUCUAAAUAGUCAGGAACAGUGUGGAUUGAACACGGAAGAAAAUAUAACGGAAUUCAUAUUGUCACUCUAACGUAAUACAGCGGAGAGCACAGACUAUAAAGGUGUUCAUUUACAUUCAUAUAUAUAAAUAUAACAGCCCAAAUACAUGAUUGCAUCCACUGCAUAAACCUAAAUCCAAACUUUGUCACCUUCCCUUUGACCAAAGUACAGUUUCAUUCUAACAUAAUCGAUUUUAUUUCGUCAGUUUUUGUCUUAUGCUGACACAAAGUCCAACAGACAAGCAUGAAAAUGUUCACCGAUCACAAGUUAAAGCCAACGAUCGCACAAUCCAUUUUCUUGCAAUGUUUCUUAUUUAAAUCUUCUACUAUGGUUAACUGAUGACAAGUGUCCCCGCUUCCUCUGCAGUACAAAAUGAACUUCAUUCAUAAAAGCAAGUGACAAUAGAGAGAUUGCUCAAUUUAAUUAAUGGCAGCACAUGAACGACACGCCCACCCAAAAAUAAUCAUGAUAAUAAUACAUUGAUUUGUUUGAAAGUAAAUGGCACUGAGAGUGUUGUUAACACCUCAAACUUAUUUUAGAGUCUAAUAUGGAGCUGCACCAGGAUUUAAUAGGAAAUCAUACAAAAAUAUAGAAACAAAUGUAUCUGAUCAUUAAAAUGGUGUAUUAUCAUGAUACACAUUUAUGAUCAAAUAUCAAUAUACAUAAUUAUUCUAAAUACAAUUAUAAUUAUUUAGGGAUUUUGAAAACGUGUUGGCAUAGCACAUCAUUUGUAGGGGUUAUAUUUUUCAAUUUUCCACAUUUUCCAGCGAAGGUAAUAUUACUUUUAGAAAAAUAUUUUUUUGUGAUAAAAUCAAGUAGUAGUAUUAAAAGUGAUCUAGUUUCCAACUAAUUACAGUGGGUUGCAUUUUGCAUGAAAGCCUAGGCUACUUAUUUAAAACAUGUUUUUUGAACAACAUUUCAAAACACGCUUGCACAGAAACAAUGACUACAGUCAAAUUCAUUCUCAAAAAUAAUCUGUGUAUUGAGUACACACAUACUGUGUGUGUACAUAUACAGUGGUGUGAAAAAGUGUUUGCCUCCUUCCUGAUUUCUUUUUUUUUUUUUGCAUGUUUGUCACACUCAAACAAAUUUAAAUAUUAGUCAAUAACAACACAACUAAACACAAAAUGCAGUUUUUAAAUGAAACUGUUUAUUAUUAAGGGAGAAAAAAAAUCCAAACCUACAUGGCCCUGUGUGAAAAAGUGUUGUGGAGUGCUGUGGAGGAAUUUUGGCCCAUUCAUCUUUGCAGAAUUGUUGUAAUUCAGCCACAUUGGAGGGUUUUCCAACAUGAACUUUUAAGGUCAUGCUUCAGCAUCUCAAUAGGAUUUAGGUCAGGACUUUGACUAGGCCACUCCAAAGUCUUUGUUUUGUUUUACCUCAGCCAUUCAGAGGUGGACUUGCUGGUGUGUUUUGGAUCAUUGUCCUGCUGCAGAACCCAAGUUGGUUUCAGGGUGAGGUCACGAACAGAUGGCCGGACAUUCUCCUUCAGGAUUUUUUGGUAGACAGCAGAAUUCAUGGUUCCAAUUAUCACAGCAAGUCUUCCAGGUCCUGGAGCAGCAAAACAGUCCAAGACCGUCACACUACCACCACCAUAUUUUACUGUUGGUAUGAUGUUCUUUUUCCGAAUUGCAGCGUGACUUUUACGCCAGAUGUAAUGGGACACAGACCUUCCAAAAAGUUCAACUUUUGUCUCAUUAUUUUCCCAAAAGUCUUGGGGAACAUCAAGAUGUUUUCUGGCAAAACUGAGACAAGCCCUAAUGUUCUUUUCAUUCAGAAGUGGUUUUCAACUUGGAACUCUGCCAUGCAGGCCGUUUUUUGGCCAAAGUCUUUCUUAUGGUGGAGUCAUGAACACUGACCUUAAUUGAAGCAAUUGAGGCCUGCAGUUCUUUGGAUGUUGUUGUGGGGUCUUUUGUGACCUCUUGGAUGAGUCGUCGCUGCGCUCUUGGGGAAAUUUUGGUUGGCUGGCCACUUCUGGGAAGGUUCACCACUGUUCCAUGUUUUCGCCAUUUGUGGAUAAUGGCUCUCUCUGUGGUUCACUGGAACCCCAAAGCUUUAGAAAUGGCUUUAUAACCUUUUCCAGACUGAUGGAUCUCAAUUAAUCUCAGUUAAGUUAUGUUUUAACAGGAGGGCAAGCACUUUUUCACAAAGGGCCACUUAGGUUUGGAUUUUUUUUUCUCCCUUAAUAAUAAAAAGUUUCAUUUAAAAACUGCAUUUGGUGUUCAGUUGUGUUGUCAUUGACGAAUAUUUAAAUUUGUUUGGUGAUCUGAAACAUUUAAAGUGUGACAGACAUGCAAAACAAUAAGAAGGGGGCAAACACCUUUUCACACCACUGUAUGUUUACACUUGCACAUUUCAACUUGUCUGAAAAGAAGGAAGAAGGAGUUUAUUUAUGCACACCCCUUCUCCAAUUCUGAUAGUUUGUUCACUUCCUGUGUGUUUAACCAGUUUACUAAUUGUUGGGUAGCAAGUGAAAAUGAUAAAAAUAUUUCAUAGUAGAUAUUUUAAUGUCAUUUUUGAACAGCUGUCGGUGACGCUCCCACUCCCACUCUAGUCCGAAUUAAACAAAAAUAAUAUGGAUGACGACUUCAAUAAGCAAGUGGUUUAACAUUAUCAGGGUUUGAGUCAAUUCAAAUUUGCUAAAAACUAGUAAAUAUGCUAACAACAUUUAUUUCUUUUCACAUUUUACCAAAAUAACUUGACAUGGAGAGGAAAUAGCAACAUAUAUGAACACCUGUUUUCACCAAUACAUACUCAUUAAUAUCAUCUUUAAUUGACAUUUUCCAUUGAUAUCACAUUUCUUUGUCUUGGUGAUGUUUGAGUUUGUGACUCGGAACUUCUACAGGCAUUCAAGUGCACUUCCCAGUUGUCUCUUAGUGAUGGAAAUUCCUUUGGCUCCGUUCACUAAAAAGAGCCGGCUCUUUCAGCUCCCGAGUGGCUCCUCAGAUUUUUUUAUGACCAAAUUAUGUUUAUUGUGUAAAAGUAAACAAUACAGCAAGCACACCAAGUUUGGUAUCAAUUCAACACCAAGCACAUGGAACCUUGGUAAGCAUCAUUAAUUUGUUCCAGAAGAUGCGACUCUAACCAAAAUGGAUGUUAACCGAAUCAAAUUUCCCCGUAAGAAAUACUGUAAUUCCAAUUAACCCGUCGCAGAAAGCCACAAAUGUUAACACAAACACAGUAGUUGUAGUUUAUCAGUUAUAGCUUUACAUGCAUAAAACAAUUUUAUAUGCAUAUAAAUAGGUAUAAAUUAUAGAUGAAUUGGAUAAAUGAACAUUUAAGGUUACUUUUACCUUCAUUGAAGACAUGAUUCUUGACGUGGCUGAAGGUGGUGGUGGUGGUUGAUCUCGCUGCCACAUUGUGUCUGUUUGGGACGGUCACAACCUGAAAGUAAAAGUAACCUGAAAUGUUCAUGUGUCCCUUUCAUUCACCAUUUCUAUGCGUUUAGAAUUGUUUUAUGCAUGUAAAACUAGAAUUGUAAAAAUAUAGAAACGUGUUUUGUGUUAACAUUUUUGAUAGUCAAAACAGAUGACAUCAUAGUCGGGUGACGUAACUUCCGCUUGCCAUUUUAUUUAACUAGCUAAUAGGAUGCUAACAAGGAAAGAUGUUUUGUGAUUGAAAAAAAUACGUUAAGAACACAGUUAGACUCACGCAGUGUAUUAAGAACACGACAAGACGUGCACCAUAUUGAACGCUAACCGGAGAAUGCAAGCAAACCGAGGCAAAACUGUGUAAAUUCUGGACAUUUACCGAAAAACACGCUAACCUGGGCGGAAGCUAACCGAGGUCCCACUGCACUGUAAAUACUGGGCCAGCCCAGUAUUAUGGCCGAUAUCAAGAUCACAAACUUUGAAUGAUUUUGAGAUUUUUGCCUUUAAUUUGUUCAUCAUGAUUCUAAUCGGAAUGAAACACAGGACAAAGAUAAUAGGUAGGCAAAUAUUUGUAUCAACAAACGUAUUUGUACAUGAAUAUAAUGUAUAGUGUUCCCUCGUUUAUCGUGGCGGAUAGGUUCCCAAAAUAGCCAAUAAGUGAAAUCCACGAAGUAGCCAACUUAAUUUUUAAAAUAUGAUUAUAUAUGUUUUAAGGCUGCAUGACCCCUCACCAUGUAAACUUUAUACUUUUCUCAGACAGGCAUUAACAUUUUCUCACAUUUCUCUCUUGUUUAAACAAGGUAAAAAAAAUUCUAACCUUUGUUUGAAUUUUAAUGAUCUACUAGGUUGGACACAAGAAAUUAUUAAGCGACUCACUAGUAUUUUACUCGUCUGGACGUGCCUUUUGGUCCUGGCGCCGUUCCGCUGUACUGUAGCGUUUUUGUAUUCUUGUUAAAACAUAUUGCUGCAGUACUCCUCCUCCAACCGAAGAUUCAUUCAUUCCGUCAUGGCGCACUACAGCAGCGUAAUGUCUAUGUUCCUUCAGCAUGUCCAGAAGUUAGCAUCCUCCUCUGCCUUUUGGGCGCAGAACAUUUAGUCGACAUUGUGGUUUUUGUCGGGGAGAAACUUGCAAACAUACAAAGAUUGCAAGCUAGCAAGCUAGUGAUGACACAGGAGGCACUACAAGGCAGUACGAAGGAGAUUGAUUGACAAUGGUCUCCAGCCAAUCAGGACACAGAAGAUAAUUGGUGCAGACAGACGGAGAGGGAAAAGAGAGACACUCAACUUCCCACAAUGCAAUUCUUCUUAAAGGGCCAUGCUUGGACUGUAACAGCAGUCAUAUGCAGUAAAAACAAAAAAGCACUAAAAUUGAACCAAAAAAAACAGCAAAUCCGCAAAAAGUGAACUGCGACAGAGCGAGGGAACACUGUGCUUCUGGUGUGUAGUAUUUAAUACAACAAUAUAAAACAAUGUAACAAUAUCAACAACAUAAUAAUAAAGCACAAAUAAAAUAAAUACGAAUAAAUACAAAUUGAAAAGUCAUUUAAAAAAAUAAAUAAAUUACUUCAUUUUCUUAUAGUAUUCCCUUUUAUUACAUAAAAUUGUUAGAUGAAAAUUACAAGUGCAAAAUAAGUAAACAAAAGCAAUGACUACAAUUGGCUGACUCAAAUCGGUUGUGUCCAACAACUUAUUCCCUAAGACUGUAAACAGGGUAGCAAUAUAUAAAUAUAACAGCAUAUUUGAGCAACACAACAAAAACAGAGUGAAAAUAAACAUAGGAGGGAACUGAAAAAUAUCAAUCCGAUACCGCUACAACCCUGGUAUCCAUAAUAUCCAUAUUUGGAUCGAUCCUCCCACCUCUAAGCACAAAGGCUGCUAAAAAUUAGCAUGUAGAGUGCACCAGGAUGUGACGGAGGCCUGUUACCACGGCGCUCGCCUACCCGCUAAUUUCCUUCUUUGUCGAUGACCUUUGGAAAUCCUGAUUGACUGACACUUAAAUUCUAAUCCGCUCGUUCCUGAUCAUAUUAUUAUUGUAUGCAGCUCCCGUUAAUGAAAAAAAACAACAAAAAACAAGUCUGGCAAACAUAUAUUUCUUGCACGGGGGAGAUCAAUCAUACUUGUGUGCAGCUGAAGGGACAUUUUUCAAUGUAACCUUUAUAUUAUGUGUUGACUACAUCACAGAGAACACACUUAACAUGAGUGGCAUUUAAUAUAGCGGAACACUUGCAAGGUGAGGCCUAGAUGUGACCCUAUUUAAAUAGGAGGGGGUACACUGCCUCCCCCUUCCUCAAACAAACCCCUGAUGCUAUUCUAAUUAAACACACCUUAUACUUCCUUUGCGAACGCCCCUCAUCGAUCUGGCUUUGUGUGUGUAUGUGUGUGUGUGUGUGUGUGUGAGCUGCCCCCCAGCAAACGUCUGCAGCGGCGUGAGCGUUUAUGGAUCAGCAAGUUUCCAUUAACAAAGUUGUCGAUGUUGAAUAAGCGGGGCCAUGCAUGCCGUGGAUAUAUUUGGGUAAAUUAACUUAGCAUAAAGUGCUCCCAGGCGACGGGUGGCAGAAGUAGAAAAGCAAGACCCUAAAAGUCAAUGCACAUAUUGUGUUGGGAGUGAUUGUGCGGAAGUAGAGCUUGUGGCCUAUUAAAUAGCAACACUGGCUUAAAUCCUGCUUGCUUGAGCUACUGGAUUAUAAUUGCUGUUGAUGACUUCAUUAAAUGUGUAGAAUGAGCAGCUCCAGGCAGGAGGAAGUAGUAUUGCAGGAAGCCAUUAAUGUGAGGCGCUAAUAAAAACAAUAAACACAAAUGGGUCAUUUAGCUUCUGCUGAUUAAAUGUGUGUAAGGAUUGUGCAUAAACAAUUAUUUAUAGUCGCUCUGAUGUUUUCUUGUUUGUGAGAAGAUGAAUGGAUGCA